AAAUAAAUCUGAAAUUAGCAAAUGUGAAAAUUCCCAUUCAUGCGACGUUUUACGAUCCAAUCAAUCGGUAAAAGAGAAAAUUAGGAAAAAUGAAGAGAAGGAAAAACUUUGAAACCCAUCAUUCGUCCGUUGAAGAAGAAGAGGAAGAUGACGAUGACGAUGACGAUGACGAUGAAAAAUUCACCUCCAAAAACCCUGAUUUGCAACGAUCUCUACCCAAAAUAUUUAUUUUCUGUUUGAUCGCGCGCAUUAUCAAUUCGUUGCUCGUGCAGACGUACUUCAAUCCGGAUGAACACUGGCAAGCUCUUGAAAUAGCCCAUCGAAUUUCGUUUGGGUAUGGGCAUCUGACAUGGGAAUGGGAAAAGGGCAUAAGGAGCUACUUGCAUCCACUUAUCUUUGCUGCUCUGUAUAAAGUUCUUGCCUUUCUUCAUCUUGAUUUUCACUGGUUCAUGAUAAGGUCUCCUCGGCUGUUGCAGUCGAUAUUUGCUUCUUUUUGUGAUCUCUAUGUAUACAAAUUUUCUCGAGUUCUGUUUGGUGGAAGUGUUGCUGAAUGGGCUCUCUUUGCACAGCUGAGCAACUGGUUCUUGUUUUACUGCAUGCCUCAUACCUUUUCUAAUAGUUUAGAAACCGUUCUCACAAUUGUGAGUUUAUACUACUGGCCCUGCUUGAGAGGGACUGCCACUGCACUUCCAUCUGGUUCAAGAAAGUAUGCCCUGGCUAUAGCGGCAAUAGCAUGUGCUGUUCGCCCUACAAGUGCUGUCACGUGGAUUUAUGUUGGCUGUCUGGAGCUAUAUACAACACGUAGUAAGCUAAAGUUUCUUCUUCUCGAGGUUGUUCCUAUUGGGGGGAUUGUGCUUGGUCUUACAUUCUUAUUGGAUUAUCAGUUCUACGGGUCAUGGGUAAUUGUUCCUCUUAACUUUCUAAAGUUCAAUUUCUUCUCAUCUGGUGGAGACUAUUAUGGAACGCAUGCUUGGCACUGGUAUUUCACACAAGGAUUCACUGUUAUGCUCUUUACAUACAUACCGUUUACUAUUGCGGGCAUUGUCGAGUCCAAAGAGCGGAAGCUUCCUGGAUUGGUCCUAUGGGUUCUGGGAAUUUAUAGCCUCCUUGGCCACAAAGAGUUCAGGUUUGUCCUUCCUGUGCUUCCAGUGGCGUUGAUGUUCUCGGGUUAUUCACUAGCCAAGCUAGGACGAGCAGAGAUAUCAAAAGGAGAUUCAAAUUCCCAUAUUAGGCGCGCCCCGAAGCUGGAAUUGGCAGUCUGGUUCCUGCUCAUAACUAACGUCCCAAUGGCAUUAUAUAUGAGCAUGAUCCAUCAGAGAGGAACCGAGGAUGUCAUGAACUAUCUCGCGGAGGAGGCCAUGAAGAAUAAUGUCGAAGGCAUCCUUUUUCUAACGCCUUGCCAUGCUACACCAUACUACUCCACUCUGCAUCGCAACCUUCCAAUGCGUUUCCUGGACUGUACGCCAAGUGAUGAGAAAGGAAUCUUGGACGAGUCUGAACAAUUUUUAGGGGACCCCGCUGGUUUUGCUACAAAGUUGGCCCAAACAUGGAACCGACCGAGCCACAUUGUUGUAUUUGAUGCAGAAGAGAAGCCAUUGAAGGAGUUUCUAGUGUCACAUAAUUUCAAGGAGAUUCGAAGAUUCUUUCACUCUCAUUUUAAGGUGGAUAGGGAGUUGCAAGCAUCUGUGGUUUUGUAUGGUUUUCAUGGCUAUUGAAUUGGUGAUGGUGGCUGAACAGGUCAAGAAUUAUUGGUGAUAGCGUCAUAGGACCCUAACGUUAAAUAUAAUCACGUUUUUCGGGCCAAAAUACCCUUAUGCCCUAAAAGGGCAUUUUUGUCACUCCAUUAUAUUGUUGACAUGUGAUUUCUGUCACAUUUUUGUCAGCAGCUUCUUAUGUAAUUUUCUAAUAAAUUCUAGUACUUCUUACGUAAUUAAAAUUUUGUCAUUAUUUAUA